AUGAAUUUUUUUAUACACCGUUAUUGUAAACCUUCACUGCUACAGGUGAACUUGCUGCGGGUGUUUGGGGGCGAGAGGAUCGACGGGCUGAUGAGGGCCUUCCACCUACGUGGCCGCAGCGGGAGGCAGGGGGACCCAGGGAGCUCACGCUUCUUCCUGAGCCUGGAGGACAGUCUGCUGAGAGUGUUUGGGGGAGAGAGGAUCGACGGGCUGAUGAGGGCCUUCCAUGUGGAGGAUCUGCCCAUCGAGUCCCACUCCCUCCCCACUCCCUCGCUUCGUCCUCAGCCUCGAAGAGUGUUUGGCGGCGAGCGCAUCGACGGGCUGAUGAGGGCCUUCCACGUGGAGGAUCUGCCCAUCGAGUCGCCGUUUCUCACUGCUGCUGCUCUCCUUCGCCCUUUUUCCUGCCUGCUCCCCCAAUUCCAACUCCCUGUUCUCCGUGCAUCCACCAGCUACCGCAUCGACGGGCUAAUGAGGGCCUUCCACGUGGAGGAUCUGCCCAUCGAAUCGCCGUUUCUCAACCGAGCGCUUGAGGAUGCGCAGAGGAAGGUGGAGAACUACUAUUUUGACAUUCGCAAGCAGCUGUUCGAAUAUGACCAGGUGCUGAACAGCCAGAGGGAGCGGUUCUACUCGGAGAGGAGGAGAGCGCUGGAGACAGAUGACCUGGAGGGGCUGAUGUUGGAGUAUGCACAGCUGACCAUGGACGACAUUGUCAAUGUGAGUGAGGGGUGGAGUCAGGUGCGGUGCAGUGAGGUGGCAUGCCAUACUGUGAAGCUCAUCUACCUGGAGGGGCUGAUGCUGGAGUAUGCAGAGCUGACCAUGGACGACAUUGUCAAUGUGGGAGGCAGUGCUGUCAGUGAGGUGGCAUGCCAUGCUGUGAAGCUCGUCCUUGCGGAGGGGCUCAUGCUGGGGUAUGCAGAACCGGCUGACCAUGGACGAUAUCGUCCAUGUGAGAGGUGGUGGAAUCAGGCGAACAUCGACCCAUCACUGUCACAGGAAGAGUGGAACUUUGAGCCUCUUACAAAGAAGGUCAAGCAGUACUGUGCUCUGCUCACGGAUUUAUCUAUAGAUGACAUUAUCUAUCACAGCGACACUGUAGACACUCUGAGGGAGUAUCUACACCAACGCAGUAAAGAUGCCUACUACACAAAGAAGGCAGAGGUAGAAGCAGCAGUUCCAGGGUUAAUGAGGGAUGCAGAGCGGUACUUUGUGCUCACUCAGAUGGAUCUGCUCUGGAAGGAGCAUCUGCAGGCGCUCAGAUUCACCCAGCAGGCGGUGGCUUUAAGGGGAUAUGCGCAACGAGACCCUCUUAUCGAGUACAAGCUUGAAGGGUACAACCUUUUCCUUGCGAUGAUGGGGCAGAUCCGGCGAAACGUGAUUUAUUCAGUGUACCAGUUCAAUCCAGUCACGGUGACUCAACCCGAUGGUGGGCAGCCAUCAGGGAGUAGUUGA